UUUACAUGAUAUAAUAACCUUUAAAAUAGGAUGAGUGGUUGUUAUGAGUGUAAUUUAGUGGGUCAUGUGCUUUAAAUAAGGAAAAUAGUAUAGUUUUUCCUUAAAGUAACUUUCCUUUUAUAGUGUGUUGCAAGUAUUGUGACAUUUCCUUUUUAGGGAAGUGUUGCAAGUAAAAGAAAAUGGAGGAAGUAUAAGAGAAGGAAAUUAUAAAUUGAACUGAAAUUAAACUGAAGAGAACAAGCCUUCAGAAAACAUCUCCAAACCACAAAUCACUAACGCGAUAUGAAAUAUUUUCAAGUAAAAUUACAAUAAACCAAAAAUAAUAAUAAUAAUAAUAAAAAAAUUAAAUCUUAUUUUUUGUAGGCUCAUUAAUGUAUUUGAUUGGUUCCAUUUCCAACCUUAAUUUGAUCUAGGAAGAACUUGCAAAAGUGGCCUUAACUUAACUCAUAGUUAAUGGACCACUAGAAUGGGCUUUUCACACCUUUGUACUUGUACACAAUAAAAACACCAACCUCUUAGAUUACUUAACCCAAUCAAACAAACUAACCAACGUGUCACGUAAAAAGCGCGGGAACCAAACUCUAUCCUUUAAGAAAACACCUUUACUUGUCCUAUCUCCUAUCAACAAAACACGUGCCACUCCUCCACAACACCACGUGACCUCCCUCCAUUUCCUUUGCCACUAAUCCCACCUCAUAAAACCCUCACUAAACCCUGCACCCAUUUCACCGUCUUCAAUCCAUUUCUUCUCCUUCAUUCUUUCAAACAAUUUCCAACCAAAUUCUCUCUCCUUUGACCAAUCAUUGACUACUGAAACAUGGGCAAAAAUGACAACCCUUCGUCCGCCGUUGACGCAACAGAGAAGCUCCUGAUCAAGAUCCCAGCCACCAUAGUCCACCUCAUCGACAACCAGCAAAGCGUCGAGCUAGCAUUCGGCGAUCUCGAAAUCAUCCUCCUCCGUCAAAACGACGCUGAUGUUGCCGUUUUAGCAAGAAUCGGAGAUCAACUCCAAUGGCCAUUAACAAAAGACGAAGCUACCCUCAAACUAGACGACUCUCACUACUUCUUCACACUCUCCUCCAACGACGACGUUUUGAACUACGGGUUAACCAUCCCUUCAAAAGGGCAGGAAACUCUGCUGAAAAAAUUGGACUCGAUUUUGGAGAAGUACAGUGGGUUUAAAGAAGAGAGGGUGGAUGUAGAGGUGGAGCGUGAAGCGGGUGAUUGGUGGGUGGCGGCGAGGGAGGUGACGCCGGAGGAAGUGAAUAGGGAUGCGGCGAAGAGAGAGAAAAUAGAGGAGAGUGCAGCGGCGUAUUGGACGACGUUGGCGCCGAAUGUGGAGGAGUAUAGUGGGUGUGUAGCGAGGAUGAUAGCGGCGGGGUCGGGGAUGUUGGUGAAGGGGAUAUUAUGGUGUGGGGAUGUAACAGUGGAUAGGUUGAAAUGGGGGAAUGAGUUUUUGAGGAAAAGGUUGGGGAAGAAAGAGAAUGCUACUCGUGUUAGUCCUCAGUGUUUAACCAGGAUUCGAAGGGUGAAGAGCAUGACGAAGAGGUCAGAGGAUGUUGCAACCGCAAUUCUUUCAGGGGUUAUAAAGGUGUCUGAGACUAUUACAGGCUCAGUUGUGAACUCGAGAGUAGGAAAGACAUUCUUUAACAUGAUUCCAGGAGAAAUUAUCUUAGCCUCACUCGACGGUUUCCAGAAAAUUUGUGAUGCUGUUGAAGUUUCUGGAAAGAACGUUAUGUCAACCUCUUCCCAAGUUACAACAGACCUUGUUACGGAAAGGUACGGAGAGGAAGCAGCGAAUGCGACACACGAAGGGUUAGAUGCAGCAGGACAUGCUUUAGGAACAGCUUGGACAGUGUUUAAGUUGAGGAAGGCUUUGAAUCCAAAGGGUGCUCUUAAACCCAGUACUCUUGCUAAAGCUGCUGCUGGCAAGGUCAAGAAAUCUCUAUAGAAUACUCCAUUGAAUGUAAUUUCAUUUCUAAGCCUUUUUAGGGAUAGUAGUGCACUUAUGCAUGUGCCAAAGUUUCAUAACACUGAUAGAUUAAUAAUGGUUAAGGUUAAUGAACUGAAUUCUUUUAUUUCUUA